AUGUCGACCUUCACCCCCACCAGCCAGAUCCGCCUGACCAAUGUGGCCGUAGUACGGAUGAAGCUAGCCGGGAAGUGCUUCAAAAUCGCUUGCUACAAAAACAAGGCCGUGGGCUGGCAGAGCGGCGUGGGAAUAGACUUUGAUGAAGUUCUACAGACCCACUCGGUGUUUGUAAAUGUCUCUAAAGAUCAGAUUGCAAAGAAGGAAGAUCUCAUCAGUGCAUUUGGAACAGAUGACCAGACGGAAAUCUGUAAGCAGACUUUGAAUAAAGGAGAGGUUCAAGUGUCAGAUGAAGAAUGGCACACACCGCUGGAGCAGAUGUUUAGGGACAUUGCAACCAUUGUGUUUGACAAAUAUGUGAACCCUGAAACAAAGAGACCGUACACCAUUAUCUUUAUCGAGAGAGCCGUGAAGGACAUCCACUAUUCGGUCAAACCCAACAAGAGUACAAAACAUCAGGCUUUGGAAGUGAUAAAGCAGUUAAAGGAGAAAAUGAAGAUAGAACACGCGCUCGUGAGACUUCGGUUCAUCCUUCCAGUGAAUGAAGGGAAGAAGCUGAAAGAAAAACUCAAGCCACUGAUCAAGGUUAUAGAAAGUGAAGACUACGGUCAACAGUUAGAAAUUGUGUGUCUCAUCGACCCCGGCUGCUUCUGA